GCGGGCGGCCCGGCGGCCUCCUCCCCACCGCCCCCCGCCCUCCCCGGUGUCUGUGUUUCUCUCUCUGGUCGGAGGCGGCGGUAAUGGCGGAUGGUGGGUUGUGGCGCCGGCGGCGGCUGCUGUGAGGGACGAUGAGUUCCUCCUUCGUGUCGAACGGGGCCAGCCUGGAAGAUUGUCACUGUAACCUCUUCUGCCUGGCCGACUUGACAGGAAUUAAGUGGAAAAGAUAUGUAUGGCAAGGCCCAACUUCUGCCCCUAUUCUGUUUCCGGUGACAGAAGAAGACCCCAUUUUGAGCAGUUUUAGUCGAUGCCUUAAGGCAGAUGUACUUGGUGUUUGGCGGCGAGAUCAAAGACCUGGAAGAAGAGAAUUGUGGAUAUUUUGGUGGGGUAAAGAUCCCAAUUUUGCUGACCUUAUUCACCAUGACUUAUCAGAAGAGGAAGAUGGAGUGUGGGAGAAUGGCCUUUCCUACGAGUGCCGUACUUUGCUUUUCAAAGCAGUUCACAAUCUCUUAGAGCGGUGUUUAAUGAACCGAAACUUUGUACGAAUUGGCAAGUGGUUUGUGAAGCCCUAUGAGAAAGAUGAAAAACCUAUAAAUAAAAGUGAACACUUGUCCUGCUCUUUCACCUUUUUCUUGCAUGGAGACAGCAAUGUUUGUACCAGUGUGGAAAUUAACCAACAUCAACCUGUAUACCUUCUCAGUGAAGAGCAUGUCACCCUUGCUCAGCAAUCUAAUAGCCCAUUUCAAGUUAUCUUAAGUCCAUUUGGACUAAAUGGCACUCUCACGGGACAGGCAUUCAAGAUGUCUGACUCAGCUACAAAAAAACUAAUUGGUGAAUGGAAACAGUUCUACCCUAUUUCAUGUGGUUUGAAGGAGAUGUCUGAAGGAAAGCAGGAAGAUAUGGACUGGGAAGAUGAUUCUUUGGCUGCAGUAGAAGUUCUUGUUGCUGGUGUCCGAAUGAUCUACCCAGCAUGCUUUGUUCUAGUCCCUCAAUCAGACAUUCCUACACCUAGCUCUGUGGGAUCCUCUCACUGUUCAGCUUCUUGCUUGGGUGUUCAUCAAGUGCCUGCUUCCACACGAGACCCUGCUAUGUCUUCAGUUACUCUCACCCCACCUACAUCUCCUGAGGAAGUUCAAACAGUUGAUCCUCAGUCUGCUCAGAAGUGGGUCAAGUUUUCUUCAGUAUCUGAUGGCUUCAGCACUGACAGUACUAGUCACCAUGGUGGGAAAAUACCCAGAAAAUUAGCAAAUCACGUGGUGGACAGAGUCUGGCAAGAAUGCAACAUGAACAGAUUACAGAACAAGAGGAAGUAUUCUGCUACAUCCAGUGGCCUGUGUGAAGAAGAGACAGCUGAUAAAAUAGCAUGCUGGGACUUUGUCGAAGCCACACAAAGAACAAGCUGCAGUUGUUUGAGGCAUAAAAGUCUCAAAACAAGAAACCCUGGGCAACAAGGACAGGCCCCAUCUUUAGGGCAGCAACAGCAAGUACUUCCUAAGCACAAGACCAAUGAGAAGCAAGAAAAGAGUGAAAAGCCACAAAAGCGCCCCUUGACUCCUUUUCACCAUCGUGUGUCAAUUAGUGAUGAUAUUGGCAUGGACACAGACUCAGCCAGCCAAAGACUUGUCAUCUCUGCUGCAGAUAGUCAAGUGAGAUUUUCAAACAUCCGAACUAAUGAUGUAGCAAAGACUCCUCAGAUGCAUGGCCCUGAACUGACAAACUCACCUCAGCCUCCCCCACUUAGUCCUCAUCCAUGUGACGUGGUUGAUGAAGGAGUGACUAAAACACCUUCAACUCCUCAGAGCCAACAUUUUUAUCAAAUGCCAACGCCGGAUCCCCUGGUUCCUACCAAACCAAUGGAAGAUAGGAUAGACAGUUUGUCCCAGCCUUUCCCACCUCCAUUUCAGGAAGCGGUAGAACCUACCGUGUAUGUUGGUACAGCAGUAAGCUUGGAAGAAGAUGAAGCUAAUGUAGCCUGGAAGUAUUACAAAGUCCCAAAGAAAAAAGAUGUAGAGUUUUUACCACCUCAACUUCCAAAUGAUAAAUUCAAGGAUGAUCCGGUUGCACCUUUUGGACAGGAAAGUGUAACAUCAGUUACUGAGUUAAUGGUGCAGUGUAAGAAACCUUUAAAAGUUUCAGAUGAAAUAGUCCAGCAAUAUCAAAUUAAAAAUCAGUAUCUUUCAGCAAUAGCAUCUGAUGCAGAACAAGAACCUAAAAUUGAUCCAUAUGCGUUUGUUGAAGGAGAUGAGGAAUUCAUUUUUACUGAUAAAAAAGAUAGACAGAAUAGCGAGAGAGAACCUGGGAAGAAACACAAGGUGGAAGAUGGGACAUCUACUGUUACAGUGUUAGCACAUGAAGAAGAUGCUAUGUCAUUGUUUAGUCCCUCUAAGCAAGAUGCUCCACGUCCUGCUAAUCAUGCCCGUCCUCCAUCAACCAGCUUGAUUUAUGACUCAGAUCUGGCUGUGUCUUACACUGACCUUGAUAACCUCUUCAAUUCUGAUGAAGAUGAACUAACACCUGGAUCUAAAAAAUCAGCAAGUGGAUCAGAUGAUAAAGCCAGCUCCAAAGAAUCAAAGACAGGAAACCUGGAUCCGUUGUCUUGUAUAAGCACUGCAGACCUUCACAAGAUGUACCCUACACCACCGUCACUGGAACAGCACAUUAUGGGCUUUUCUCCAAUGAAUAUGAAUAGUAAAGACUAUGGCAGCGUGGACACAGCACCUGGAGGAACUGUCCUAGAAGGAAAUAGCUCUAGUCUAGGAACACAGUUCAGAAUUGAGGUUGAGGAGGGACUCUGUAGCCCAAAACCUUCUGAAAUUAAAGAUUUUUCUUAUGUCUAUAAGCCUGAAAAUUGUCAAGUUCUAGUAGGAUGUUCCAUGUUCGCACCUUUAAAAAGUCUACCAAGCCAUUGUCUGCCUCCUAUCAAAUUGCCAGAAGAAUGUGUUUACCGGCAGAGCUGGACUGUUGGGAAAUUAGACUUGCUGCCUUCUGGCCCUUCAAUGCCGUUCAUCAAAGAGGGCGAUGGGAGUACUAUGGAUCAAGAUUAUGGCCCCGCCUACACACCUCAAACACAUGCUUCUUUUGGGAUGCCUCCAAGCAGCGCGCCUCCUAGUAAUGGUGGCACGGGAAUUCUUCCUUCUCCGUCUACUCCUAGGUUUCCAACUCCAAGGACUCCAAGGACUCCAAGGACUCCUCGUGGAGCUGGUGGACCUGCUAGUGCUCAAGGUUCAGUCAAAUACGAGAAUUCAGACUUGUAUUCGCCGGCCUCCACCCCAUCUACGUGCAGACCCCUCAAUUCUGUAGAGCCUGCGACUGUCCCUUCCGUCCCUGAAGCACACAGCCUUUAUGUAAACCUCAUCCUUUCAGAGUCAGUAAUGAAUUUGUUUAAAGACUGUAAUUUUGACAGUUGCUGUAUUUGUGUUUGCAACAUGAAUAUCAAGGGUGCCGAUGUGGGAGUUUACAUUCCAGACCCAACGCAGGAAGCACAGUACCGGUGUACCUGCGGCUUCAGUGCUGUCAUGAACCGAAAGUUUGGAAAUAAUUCGGGAUUAUUUCUUGAAGAUGAACUUGAUAUCAUAGGACGUAACACAGACUGUGGCAAAGAAGCAGAAAAACGUUUUGAAGCUCUCAGGGCUUCCGCUUCAGAAAAUGUUAAUGGAGGCUUAAAGGACGCUGAAAAGGUGCCCGAUGAGUUGAUAUUACUGCUUCAAGAUCAAUGCACUAAUUUAUUUUCACCCUUUGGAGCAGCAGACCAAGAUCCUUUUCCCAAAAUGGGUGUGAGUAGCAAUUGGGUGCGGGUUGAGGAGCGGGACUGUGGCAGUGACUGUUGCCUCGCGUUAGAACACGGGCGUCAGUUCAUGGAUAACAUGUCAGGAGGAAAGGUUGACGAAGCACUUGUCAGAAGCUCUUGCUUACACCCUUGGGCCAAGCAAACUGACGUGACUGUGCAGUGUUCACAGGACAUACUUCGAAUGCUCCUCUCUCUUCAGCCAGUUCUUCAGGAUGCUAUUCAGAAAAAAAGAACAGUGAGGCCUUGGGGGGUUCAAGGUCCUCUCACUUGGCAACAAUUUCAUAAAAUGGCUGGCCGAGGCUCUUACGGAACUGAUGAAUCUCCGGAACCACUGCCAAUUCCCACAUUUUUGCUGGGCUAUGAUUAUGAUUUUCUGGUGCUUUCUCCAUUUGCUCUCCCUUACUGGGAGAAACUUAUGCUGGAACCUUAUGGAUCUCAAAGAGAUAUAGCCUAUGUUGUGCUCUGUCCAGAGAAUGAAGCGUUGGUGAACGGAGCCAAAAGCUUUUUUAGAGAUCUUACUGCAGUAUAUGAGUCAUGUCGAUUGGGCCAACACAGACCUAUUUCUCGACUGUUGACGGAUGGGAUCAUGAAAGUGGGAGCUACUGCAUCAAAGAAACUUUCAGAAAAGUGUGUAGCAGACUGGUUUUCUCAGGCAGCUGAUGGUAACAAUGAAGCAUUUUCUAAAUUGAAGCUGUAUGCACAAGUCUGCAAAUACGAAUUAGGUCCAUAUCUUGCUUCUCAGCCGUUGGACAGCUCUCUGCUCUCCCAGCCAAAUUUAGUUGCCCCUACAAAUCAGUCUUUGCUUACUGCACCUCAGAUGACAAAUACUGGAAACGCUAAUACUCCAUCUGCCACCUUAGCAUCUGCGGCAAGUAGCACUAUGACAGUGACUUCAGGUGUUGCCAUAGCUACUUCAGUUGCCACAGCUAAUUCAACUUUGACCACGACUUCAUCUUCAUCCUCUUCCAAUAUGAGUAGUGGCGUGUCAUCAAAUAAACUGCCUUCGUUUCCACCCUUUGGCAGUAUGAACACUAGUGGCACAGGAUCCAUGUCUGCACAAGCAAGUACAGUUCAGAGUGGCCAGCUAGGAGGACAGCAGCCAUCCUCUCUGCAGGCAGCAGGAGCAGCAGGGGAGUCAGCUUCACUUCCCACUCAGCCACAUCCUGAUGUGUCUGAAAGCACAAUGGAUCGUGAUAAAGUGGGGAUUCCCACUGAUGGUGAUUCACAUGCAAUUACCUACCCACCUGCAAUUGUUGUUUAUAUAAUUGAUCCUUUUACAUAUGAAAAUAAAGAUGAAAGCACUAACUCUUCUAAUGUAUGGACUUUGGGGCUUCUGCGAUGCUUCCUGGAAAUGGUCCAGACUCUUCCUCCUCAUAUCAAGAGUACUGUUUCUGUACAGAUUGUUCCUUGUCAGUACCUGUUACAACCUGUGAAACAUGACAACAGACAAGUCUACACCCAGCAUUUAAAAUCUCUGGCUUUUUCGGCCUUCACCCAGUGUCGGAGACCACUUCCAACAUCAACCAACGUAAAAACACUGACUGGGUUUGGUCCAGGCUUAGCUAUGGAAACUGCCCUUAAAAGUCCAGAUAGACCAGAGUGUGUUCGACUUUAUACACCACCUUUUAUUCUGGCUCCUGUGAAGGACAAACAAACAGAGCUAGGAGAGACGUUUGGAGAAGCUGGACAGAAGUACAAUGUUCUUUUUGUGGGCUACUGUUUAUCACACGAUCAAAGGUGGAUUCUUUCAUCCUGUACAGAUCUAUAUGGAGAACUCCUAGAAACAUGUGUCAUUAACAUCGAUGUUCCAAAUAGGGCCCGUCGGAAAAAGGGUUCUGCUAGAAGGUAUGGGCUACAGAAACUCUGGGAUUGGUGCUUAGGCCUUGUUCAGCUGAGCUCCUUACCGUGGAGAGUUGUGAUUGGUCGCCUGGGUAGGAUUGGACACGGAGAACUGAAAGAUUGGAGUUGUUUGCUGAGUCGCCGGAACUUGCAGUCUCUAAGCAAAAGGCUCAAAGACAUGUGUAGGAUGUGUGGCAUAUCUGCUGCGGACUCUCCCAGCAUCCUUAGUGCUUGUUUGGUUGCAAUGGAACCCCAGGGCUCUUUUGUUAUCAUGCCAGAUUCUGUGUCAACUGGUUCUGUUUUUGGAAGAAGCACCACUCUAAACAUGCAGACGCCUCAGCUAAAUACCCCACAGGAUACAUCAUGCACUCAUAUACUUGUGUUCCCCACUUCUGCUUCUGUGCAAGUGGCUUCCGCUACUUACACCACAGAAAAUUUGGAUUUAGCUUUCAAUCCCAACAAUGAUGGAGCAGAUGGAAUGGGAAUCUUUGAUUUACUAGACACAGGAGAUGAUCUUGAUCCUGAUAUCAUUAAUAUCCUUCCUGCAUCUCCAACUGCAUCUCCUGUACACUCUCCAGGCUCUCAUUACCCCCAUGGAGGUGAUGCUGGCAAGGGUCAGGGUACUGAUCGGCUACUUUCAACAGAAUCGCAUGAUGAAGUCACUAAUAUUCUUCAACAACCAUUGGCCCUUGGAUACUUCGUAUCAACUGCCAAAGCGGGUCCAUUACCUGACUGGUUCUGGUCAGCGUGUCCUCAAGCACAAUAUCAAUGCCCCCUUUUUCUUAAGGCCUCUUUGCACCUCCACGUGCCUUCAGUGCAAUCUGACGAGCUGCUUCACAGUAAACACUCCCACCCUCUUGACUCAAAUCAGACUUCAGAUGUCCUCAGGUUUGUUUUGGAACAGUACAAUGCACUCUCGUGGCUAACCUGUGACCCUGCAAUCCAGGACAGACGCUCAUGUCUCCCAAUUCAUUUUGUGGUGCUGAAUCAGUUAUAUAACUUUAUCAUGAAUAUGCUGUGAUCUUCGUCUGAUGGAAUUGCUCAAGGAAAGAACAGGGAGAAAGGACAUUUGCUGCAGGAUUAAGUUACAGUUCUCAGUGGAAGUCACUUGUGAUGGGGCCUAAUUCUUAUUACUUCAACAAAUAUUGUUUAGACUUGGGGGGGCGGGGCUAUAACCCUAUUUUUCAUUGACUAUACUGAGCUCUUUAGGAUGAUGACUGAUUAUUCAAAACGUAUUAUAACAUUUUCGUAGCAAAAAUUAACCUUUUUUUUUCCAGUCACAGUAUUUGUGAAAAGUAAUGAGCCAUAGUACCCAUUCAUGUUAAAGAAUAUUAAAAGCAUGGAGAGGAAAUAUGAGGAACAAUGAAUUUCAACAUAUGGCUUUAGAACAUCAAGAUGUUCUUGUAUUGGAUAUAGUAUCUAGUAUUCAAAAAUGCCUGCAUCUCUUAUUUAUUGUAAGUUUUUAAAUGUAUAAAUUGUCUUAUAUUUCUUAACCUCUUUUAUAAAAAUUUUCCUAGAAGGUUUAUACUGCCUUCUUGCUUUAAAGCAAUUGGUCUAAAAUAUAUGUAAUCGUCUUAAUUAAAAGUUGCAGUAGGGUUGCUUUUAGAGUAUUAUUUUUUUGUAAGGGGGUGGGUUGGACAGUAAAUUUGUAUUGUCUCAAUGUACAGUUUAACAGGGAUAGAGGGGAAAUAAUGUCCAUACCAUUGUGUGUGGAAGAUUUACAGCUAAGCUGUAGCUGCAAAGUACAUGUACAGUAAUGAAGCUCACUGUGUUUAUACAUUGAAAAGGUACCGGGUCUUACAGCAUUUUAUAUAUCACACCUUCCAGAGUGACAUGAUGGCAAUAUACAUUCGUGACAUUGUUAGGUGGGCUAACUUAGAAUAAGAUGAGAAUUCUUCAGUUAUAUUUUGUACUAUGGUUUAGGGCUAUGACUAAUAUUUCAGGCCAUUUCCAGUGAAGAAACUUAGUUUUACAAGAAAAAAACAUUUGCUACUGAAUGCUUAAACUAAUUUUGGUGUUUAAUGUUACAUGCUUAAAUUUUUUUCAGUUUUCACAGUGGCACAUUUAGGCAUGGGGAUAUUACUAAUUAUGAAAUUUUUCUGCAGGAUCUGUUAUAAGGUUGAAAUUUAGCCCAGCUCUAGGCAUUUUACAAAUUAUUUUAAGAGCAGUCACUCUUGAUUGUUUUGCUUUUUUUUUUUUAAAUUAAAGAUUGGGAAUGUGUGUGAAAGUAUGUGUGUGUGUAUGU